AUGGACGCCGUGGCGACGGCAUCUCCCAGUGUUUACUCGCUAGACCUCGUGAGUUUCGGGCGCGGGGUCCUCGACCGUGGCCUUGUUUUCCUGGACACCAGGAUCUCUCUCCCGGUCGACACGUUCGAGAUCCUCCGCAUCGAUGACUCUAUCGUGCAUAAGAGCGCCGGCGACAUCAGGGUGAUCGACAGGAGCCACCUGCACCCCGGCCAGGUGGUCGGAUCGGCGUCCGACGUCGGCGGCCAGAUCGGCAUCGUCACCGGCGUUACCACCGUGCUCGACCUGGUCGACUUCGACAAGAGCGGUAUGGCGACAAAGGUCCUCAAGGGCGUGUCCCCGUCUAGCCUGCGGCGUGUCAGGAGCCUGAACCUUGGCGACUUCGUCGUGUCCGGGCCGUGGCUCGGCCGGGUCGUGGAGGUGUCAAUCGACGUCGAUGUGCUGUUCGAUGACGGAGCGGUCUGCAGAAUCAUCGACGCCGAGUCCAAGAAGCUGAAAAGAGUGGAUGACGACAUGGACAGCAACCGCAUGUAUCGCCAACAAAUGAAUAGUCACUUCUACCCGGGUGUCCGCGUCACCGCACCAGACCCUUGUUCCCUCUUCAAGGCGGCAUUGUGGCUUAAUGGCUACUGGAAUCUUGACCGUAUAGGAGGCACCGUCAUCAAGGUGAAGACGUCUACCGUUCUCGUCUGCUGGAUUGCAUCGAUGCAUUGUGGCACAGACAAGGGGCUCAUCGAUGCAUCCGCUCCUCCAGCCUACCAGAAUGCGGAUGAUCUUACGUUCUUCUGUGCCGCAUCCAAUUGUUGUUGGGGGGUAGCUGAUGCCUGCUUUUUUCGUGAACCUAGUUCCACCAAAAUCGGCGAUGCUAAUGGGGAUGCAGCUUGUGCUCAUGAUCAAGACGACAAUGAGGAGGAGGAGGAGGAGGAGGAGGAGGGGGAGGAUGUGACUGAUGAUGAGUAUGAAGAACCAGCUGCUCAUGUGUUACCGUCCACGAGGCAGACAGAUGUGUGGUUUUAUCAGAAACAAUUGAGGAAGGUCUUCUUUCAGGGGCACAGACGGGCGAGACGCCCACAAGUCAGGAGGCAUGUUGAGGUGGAGUUUCCCAUGGUUGUUGCCAAGACCCACACCUCUGUCGACGUGUUGUGGCAGGACGGCACGCGACAACAUGGUAGACGUUCAACGACAGUCAUUCCCUUUGGUAUAGUAAAUGAGCACGAGUUCUUCCCAGGGGAGCAAGUCGUUAGCAAUAUUCUUCCAAUUGAUGCUACUGGCGAUCAUAAUAGCAUGGCAUCUACUAUUGCCAACAAUCACAUUGUUGAUGAUGGAAUUAGAUCCACAAUGCGUGUGGGCGUCGUCAGGAGCAUGCAUUCCAAGGACCAGACGGUUCAAGCGUCAUGGUUCAAGGCAUCAGUGCGCCCUGACAAGGCUAGGGAGGUCGAGUGCGAUGAUACCGUGAGCGCGUAUGACCUGAAAAGGGACUAUGACCACUCUGCUUACUAUGGAGAUAUUGUCAUUCGCCUCCUACCAUCAAGAUCACCCAAUGGCAGAAGGGCACCUUUACGCGGCAACACCGAUCUUUCAUGGGUGGGACGUGUUAUUGACGUUCCUAGUGGGUACGUUCAAGUCAAAUGGGGUGAUGGUAACAUAUCAAUGGUAUUGCCCAAUGAGAUCCUUGUCAUCAGGGAGGAGCACUACAUGGAUCUAUGGACUGAAAUGGGCCACUGGGUAGAGGACGAUGGUGUCGACGAUGCACCAGAAGAACCGGCUGCUGCGAACAUGGACAAUGGUCUACGUCAUCCAGCCAGGGAUAGCGACGUCGAAGGCGGCAACCAGCCAGCAACGAGGACCAGUCUUUUGAGCUUUGCAUUUCAGUCUUUGCUCCAAUUGACCAGUGACAUGGUGGCUCGAGGCAAGGGAUACCUGAUGAACCAGUGGGUAACACGAUCGUCAUCACCAAGCACGGAGUUAGCAGUGGCCGCUAAAGAAAAUAGCAUUGGUGCUGCUGCAACGGAGACCACCAAUGUUGCCGUGGCCAGGAAUGUUGUGGAGCUGAAUGGCGACUGCCACAAUUUUGCCGAGCGGACGAAGGCUGCAGGCGCUACCAGUUGUUGCAACAAAUCAUUAUGCUUUCCACGUUUCGAUGUACUGCAGAUCACCCCUCCGGAUCACCACUACCUUGACACUACGGAUGAGGGCGGUAGUCGUGGGAAGAAUUGGGCCAAAGCAGUGCAAAAGGAAUGGAAAAUUUUAGAGAACGACUUACCAGAAAGCAUCUAUGUGCGAGCGUUCGAGGACCGCAUGGAUCUACUCCGGUUGGUGAUGGUCGGUGCGAGCGGAACACCGUACAAUCACGGGCUAUUUUUCUUCGACUUGCAGCUGCCACCGUCCUACCCGAUUGCGCCACCGCAAGUGUACUACCACUCUUUCGGUCUGCGCCUCAAUCCCAACCUCUAUGAGUCUGGUACCGUGUGUCUUAGCCUGCUGGGCACAUUUGACGGUGAGGGCACCGAGUUAUGGUCGCCGGCAACGUCGAGCCUCCUCCAAAUCGUUGUCUCCAUCCAGGGUCUCGUCCUCAACGCCCAACCAUACUACAACGAGGCAGGAUAUGAGACCCUAGUCGGCAAACCGGAGGGCCAUCGCAAUGCAUUGCCCUACAGUGAGAAUGCUUACCUGCUCACCCUUCGAACCAUGCUCCACCUUUUGCGUCAGCCACCUCAGGGUUUUGAGAAAUUCGUCAAGGAACACUUCCGCUGCCGUGGAAGGUUUGUGCUCAGGACAUGCAACGCGUGGUUGCAGGGAUGUGUUGUUGAUGAUGCCCAUGCCACUGAAUCAAGUAGGGAGCGACCAUGCUCUGCCGGGUUAAGGCUUGCACUUGCCAAUGUGGUGCCGAGCCUCAUCGCCGCCUUCACAGAGAUUGGCGCCGAGGGGUGCGACUAGUUUCCGUAGCUACAAGUCCCACUACCAUGUGUGCUCUCACCACCACUCACCAGAUAGAUGAGUUUGUAAUAGUGGUGGUCUUGUAGUUACUCAUAUUUUCUGUUCUACAACAAUUAACUGUGUGCCUUCCUUUAUAUUUUGAUUGUGAAAGAGGCGGUAAAACAUAACAUUUGUGGACUAAAUCAAUUAUCUAUCGAUAAAGUUGAUUAGUCAAACUAACCUGACCGGCCCACCUAGCAUAAGAUUGCAAUUUAUCGUGUUCAACAAGAUAGGCACAGGGCAAAACCAACGAAAUACCUUGUCAGAAAAUUGAAAACUGGAACAGCGAGUAUGUAAUGCAUAGAUAAUUACUUACAGUAGCAAGAUUUAGUUGUCUAGCACUUCUUGAUGUUCGUCCUAUGUAGUAUCCACGGUUCUAGCUUUUACUGUGAAACAGAAAUUGGCUCCGCAAGCUUGUCUUUAUUGUUUUGGGGUUCCUCUCUAAACUCAAUGUUAGUAGCUCAUUGUCCAAAAAAAUUCGAAAAGAGGAAUAUAUUAAUAUCAUGAAGAUACCAAUUACAUCUAGCCUCUACACCAACAAUAUGUCACACACAAAAAAAUCCAUGAAGCACACAACCCGAGAAAAAAAAGUAAAAAAAGAGAGGAAAAUAAGCCUCGCCACAGUGAUCGAUUCCUCUCAGUAGCAGCACACAAACCAUCACCAAAGGCAACACCCG